AUGGCAAUUAAGACUGGUUUGCAAGUCUACCAGAAACUCGGAAUUAAUGAUAUUCUGUUAUACUCAGAUUCUCUAGAUGCUCUAAACUAUCUAAUGAGGGGUAGUGGUGUGGAUCACCCCUACAGAGAAGAUAUUGAGGAAACUAGACAGCUAAUAUAUGAACACUGGAACCUGGAGAUUAAUUAUGGAUGUAGAGAAACACUGCAAUGCGCUGAUUUUCUAGCAAGGAUAGCCCAUAAUGUGACGGACGAACUUAUUUUGUUAAACGAAGUGCCUGAAAGUUGUAAAGCUCGCAUCCUAGUGGAUAAGCAUGGAAUGAGGGAGGGUGUACCCUCCAUGAGUUAG